AUUUGACCCCCAUCGACUUUUCACUACAAAACGCCACACUGCCCAUACAAGAAGAUCGUCAGAAUCUAAGCUUCGAGUUUCGGGUUUCUUCUUCCAUGGCGUUUCAUCCGAAUAACAGAAUGGACCCGCAGACCGCGGCGGAAAAGGCGGUUUCCGUUAUGGGCUUCGGGUACGACAUGGCGGCGGAUAUACGUUUAUCCGCUUGCAAGCCCGGCCCGUCUGGGUCGGGGCUGAUCGAGCUUGAUCGGAGCUCCACAAAGGACUUGGUUAUGCCCGGUGGCGUUGUCGUCCGCAAUGUUUCCACCUCCAUCAAGUGUGAUAAAGGUGAACGGACCCGGUUCCGCUCCGAUGCUCUUACCUUUAACCAGAUGUCGGAGCAAUUCAAUCAGGACGCAGAUUUAUCUGGUAAAAUACCUUCUGGUCUAUUUAACACAAUGUUUGACCACAGAGGGUACUGGCAGAAGGAUGCUGCUAGCACUAAACUUGUUGCUUUUGAUGGUUGGUUCAUUACCUUGUAUAAUGUCGAGUUGGAGCGCUGCCAUGUUACUCUAUGUGAGCAAGUAAGAAGAGAAGUUCCUUCUUCUUGGGAUCCUCCUGCUCUUGCUGAGUUCAUUGAAAAAUAUGGCACCCAUGUUGUUGUUGGAUUAAAGAUGGGAGGAAAGGAUGUAAUCCACAUAAAGCAGCUUCAAAAAUCAACUCUUGAACCUAUUGAGGUGCAGAAAUUGUUAAAACAAUUAGCUGAUGAGAAGUUUUCUGAAGAUGGAAGUGAAUGCCCAAAAUCAAAUCCUGACAAUUCUAAUGAAAGACUAAAGGAUGAGAAGUCCAUCUUCUGGGAUCCCAGUUUACCAUUUGCAAGCUCAAUGAGACCGUCUAUCACAUCCCACUCAAAGAACAAUGACAUAGUAAGCAUUCAUGUUCGUCGGGGUGGCAGUGAUUGUGGUCAAAGUCAUAGUAAGUGGCUUUCUACAGUGUCACAGUCUCCUAAUGUUAUAUCAAUGUCCUUUGUGCCUAUUGCUUCACUAUUGAAUGGAGUUAAGGGCAGUGGAUUUCUAAGCCAUGCAAUUAAUCUAUACCUACGAUACAAACCGCCAAUAGAGGAACUCCUUCAAUUUCUAGAAUUUCAGUUACCUCGGAGGUGGGCUCCAGCAUACAGUGAUCUUCCCCUUGUUCAUCGUCGCAGGAAGCAGGCUUCUCCGUCAUUGCAGUUUACUUUUAUGGGUCCAAAACUUUUUGUUAACACAGUGAAGGUUGACUCUGGAAACCGGCCAGUCACUGGAAUUCGGUUGUACUUGGAAGGUAAAAGGAGUGAUCACCUAGCUAUCCAUCUGCAGCAUUUAUCAGCACUUCCAGAAAGCCUUCAACUGACAGAUGAUCACACCUAUGAGCCCAUUGAUGUGAAGUUUGAGCAAGACUACUUUGAACCGGUUAAAUGGAGCAUAUUUUCACAUGUUUGCACAGCUCCAAUCGAGUAUCACGGGGCACGAAUAGAUGACUUUGCAUCUAUUGUGACCAAGGCCUGGUUCGAGGUGAAGAUUAUUGGCAUGAAAAAAGUUCUGUUCCUGAGGCUUGGUUUCUCAAUGGUGUCCUCUGCAUUGAUCCGAAGGUCAGAGUGGGACGAACCCUCAAACUCAGCUCGAAAGUCAGGACUGAUAUCAAUGCUUAUCACCACGCCAUUCAGUACAAAGCUCACUCCACCUGAAAAACCAGCCAAGGCUGAUCUGAAUUCAGCCAUUUAUCCUGGCGGCCCUCCCACACCAGCAAAGCCACCAAAAAUGUCACACUUUGUCGACACAAAAGAAAUGGUGAGAGGCCCUGAGGAUUCACCUGGCUAUUGGGUGGUCACAGGCGCAAGGCUCUUUGUUGAGGACAGCAGAAUAAGAUUCAAGGUGAAGUAUUCACUCCUAACAAUACUGUCGGAGGAUUCCUUGAUGUAAGAAUCAAAGUCGCUGAGUCCCUGCCUUAUAUAUUUUUUCUUACGCUAUACUAAUUCUAAGCCUCAGAGCCCGUGUCAAAAGUCACUAGAUGAGGUAAAUUGCGAGUUGCCCGUCAAUCCUAAGUAACCAUUUGGUAGAGGUGAAUUUUUUUUUUUUUUAACAGCAUGGUGGUAUAGUUCAAAUGUUCAAUCAAUUCCUGUAGAAAGCAACUCAAAUUUUAAGUAAAUAUUACAAAACAUCUCUGUUCUUUGCCCCUCA